UUUCCUGUUCUGUCGCGGUUUGUUGCGGUUCAGCCCGAGCUGGAUGUUAGACAACGACCUUGGAGUGUGAAUUCCUGUUCAGGAUAGACAGGAAAUGUGUGAGAUCGGAUGCGUACCGGCAGUUGUGUAAUAAUUUUGUUCAUGAAGCGAUGAAGGAUUCGUGUCGUUAUGAGAUGAUGGUAGUGAAGAUUCCUUUUGUACAUAGACGCGCUUGACAACGUCUCCGUGAUUAGUGAAAUUUUAUUAGUUUUAUUUUAAAUUGUUUGGUUCAAAUCUGUACAUAUUCCGCGAUUUGAAGUUGUGUUUCGAUCGUGGAUUUAAUCGCAACUCAUAUGGUGAGAGAAUAAAAGACUUAAUAACCCAGAUUUAAUACGUGUGUACAAAUCAAGAACAGCCGACUGUUCGGACGAAACACCACCAUAAAUUUCGUCGCUUGUUCGUGUCGGUCAUUUACCUCUUCUUGUGCAGCUUUUAGAUAUAGAUCUAUGUGUAGUUUAACGCAAAUAGUGCACAAUACAGCUGUAUAGGACCAUUUAGUAGGUGUCAAUCAACUUCUUCAAAGUUUUGAACCGAUUUUAGAUUUAUACACUACAGCUAUCGAUACAUGACAAAUCAGUAGGUGCCAAACAACCGUGGUCGCUCGUCUAGUCUCAUCCUUCUCCACCGGUGGAGAUAGAUAAUCAGUGUCUGCAAUUUGCGUCAUCAACGUCAUUGAAAUCAUCAGAAUAGUCUGGCGCAUCAGUAGUGCGGUUGUCGGACUCGUGCCAAAUCAACCAAAAAGGAUAACAGACCGAAUAGUAUGGUGCAGCUUAAGGUUCAGAGCCCUCUCGUCGUGGGCAAGUUCGUCGUGAAGCAGUGGGGACCGUCGCUUAGCGAUUGUCUGGAGAUCCAAGCCAGCUUCCAGAAAGGGCUGGCCGUCAAAGGCACGUGGAAAUGUGCGGAAGCCCGACUGGCAGCACGGCGGCAAGCACGUGCGGAGGCACGCGAGAUUCGGAUGCGAGAGCUGGAGCGACAGCAGAAGGAACUGGAACAGAAUGCGGACCGCGUGUUCGACCUCCAGCAGCAGUCCUCCGGGCUGUCCACGCUGGGGGACAUUUCGCUCGGAACUCGAUCCACCCGCCUUACGGUCAACAACUCGGUACGGGGCAGUUCGCUGUCCUCGCGGAGAAGCAGCGAGGACUCGCUCGAAGAGGAAGGCCGAAGUUUGCGGGACCUGCGGCAUGAACUGAAGGAUGUGGAAGACCGUUUCCGCAAGGCGAUGGUCGCCAACGCCCAGUUGGACAACGAACGUGCCUCCCAGAACUAUCAGAUCCAGCUGCUGAAAGACAAACUAGAGGAGAUGGAGGAAUCGCACGCACAGCUGCAGCGGGAGUUCAAAGAGAAGUGCCGGGAUCACGAUGCCUUAAAGCGAGCCAACGACAAACUGUCCGAGGAGCUGAAACUGGUCCAGGGUCAGCUGAACGAGCGGGACACGCUAAUCGAGGAGCAGGGCCUGGUGAUCGUUACGGUCGAGAACGAGGACGGCAGCGAUGCACGGCGCGCACUAGUCACAGCAGAAAAUGCACAACUCCUAAAGACCGCGAAGGGUUCCCUAGAUGUAAGACUCAAAAAGUUCUCAGAGGAGAAGCAGGAACUUCAGAACGAAGUUCAGACGUUACAGCAGCAAUUGAACGACAUCAAGUCAAAGGGUAGGAAAUACAGCUCCAUCAACGGAUCGCUAGAUGAUGACGAUUUUGAGGACGCACAGAGGGAAGCCAACAAACUCAUCACCGACUACAAGUAUAAGCUCGCGAAAGCAGAACAGGAAAUCGCCAACCUGCAGGCCAGUCUAGCUCGGUCCGAAUCCCAGGUGAUUCGGUACAAGAGCACGGCCGAGGCGUCGGAAAAGGCCGAAAGCGAACUCAAGAUCGAGAGGAGAAAACUCCAACGAGAGAAUCGGGAAGCCAUGGACCGCCUGGAGGAGCUAGAGACCUGCAACAACCACCUGCUGAAACGACUGGACAAGCUGAAGAAUGCAAAAAGUGCAUUGCUAAAAGAUCUUUGAUAGAAACAUCAAACACAUAACAAAAAUCGCCGUUCAUAUCUUCGGAUUGUGCACCAUUCUUACUUCAUCUUCCAUUUGUAUUGUUCCAUCCGUCUCAACCUCAUAGAAACCAUUAUCACACCAUCGUCAUCAGCAACGAUCACAGAUUGUAAAUCGUGGAAAUGAUCUCCCGUUUCCGAUCCUGUAUGUAAUUUGUACAUGUCUUCAUAUUUUUUUUCUCGUUUUUAGUACACGAGUGUGUUGAAAAGCUUCAGUUUUUAGGUAUACAACAAAAUCGAAACGCUUGGCAAACAAUUUUCUUACGUGCAGUGCAUUGUUAUAUUAACCAGCUUUUCGGCAGUUCGCUCCAUGACAUAGAGUGCAAGGAGACGACACCCCUAACUCUUUAACUCAGCAGAAUGAGCUUUCAGCUUGGUGUGUUGUACUGUAUAGCAGAGCAAGAGCCAAUCAAUUGUGUAAUAUGCAGCAAAAUGUUUAAUGAUUGUAUGAACACACAAACACGCCCAAACGAAACUAGAAUUUGCACUUACCAGUAAGUAGGCUUGUAUAGUAAAUUUAUUAAAAUAUAAAACAAAUAUAGGCAGACCGUUUAGUGUAAUAAAUUGGAACCCAUUUAACAUGUGUGUUUGAACAGAAUCUAGUGUAAAUUGAAACGGCGCUGAGAUUAGGCAGAGAUAUUUAGACAAGACGAAUGAUGAAAGCUGUGUAAAUCUAGUAGUUAUAUAUUGAGCAUGAAACCAAUUUUAUUAAUUAAUUUAUUCAAAGAAAAUUACGCAAAAUAGUUGCCUCGGGUAGUUGUGCUGAACUUGGCAUGCGGUCGUUUUGCUCCUGAUUUUCAAUAUUUGCAUAUCCUCGUUUGCCGGGACGGAAAUUAAGCUUUAAUUUGAAUGUAUUCCCUGAAAGUCAAUCUAGAAACCAAUAUGACUUUCAAUAGUUUCCGAGUUUUAAAUAUUCGACCACCUAAAUAUUUCAAUUUUGCAUUACCAAAUUCAUAUGAAAGCUAUCAUACAAAUUAAUACUAUUCCUGCAGAAACGUAAAAUAAUUGGUCACUUAUUCACUCAAACAUGAAAUAAAGAAAGCAGGUUAACAGCUUUUAUAUAUUUUAGAAACGCCGAGCCCGCUUCUGGAAUGAAAAAUAUACUCAAGACAAUCCCUAUAUGACAAAGUUGAAGAAAAGAUCUUUACAUUCAGGAUUUUGCGUUCGAAAGAAUAGAGGUAACCGUAAGGGAUUUUCAUCACUACACAUAAAUAUAAAUAAAGGCUAAACGACCCCAUGUCAAGUUACACAUCUUUCCCGUCGCGUUCAUCGAAAAAGAUCUUUAAAGUUGCCAAUAUGCAUAAAUAGCUAUUAGGAAAACAUGAAAACAAAAUCGAUCGGUUGCCGUUUUUAUGAAGGCAACACAAAUUGUUUGUAAAAUAUGAAAUUGCCAAAUCGAAAACAGAGACAUAAAGACACGAAUUGUCACCAGCCGUGACUGUGCGAAUAUCAAAACAAGUAAUUUAUACGAACGUGGCUCUCAUCGGCCAGAAACAAAACUAACAAAGGUAAGUUGUUGAACCAGUUACAUGUUCAUUGUUGUUUAACUUAUGAACCUUAUGAUAAAACAAAGUACGCUAGUUUCUUUCGUUAACAACUUUACUGAUGCGACUUUUUUGGUUCCUGGUAGUAACCGCAUUACUUCGAUCACGCCUUCCUAAUUUGUUAACUAUUUUAUAAAUCUAUUCUUUCACAUUUUACCAACAAUUACACAAUCAGUCACCAUUUUUUUAAUCGAAUGAAUAGGAAAACCUUUAUCAUACUCCUAAAACUGCCAUAUAUUUUUGUUUACUUUGUUUUAUGAUUGGAUUAUGGUAGAAUCCCGUCGCUUUACGUUGCGCCAACCAUUAGAAUAUCUCGUAUAAUUCUAUUAUGUACAUUAUAAAUCGGAAUCAGAUUUCCUUCCUAAAAUUAUUAAUUAUGCAAAGAAUAAGGAUCGUGCGUUCCCACCUUUUUAAGUUGGGAACAAUGACGUUGCCUUUGUUUAGCUUUUAUAAAAUUCUAGACCAGCAAAGGUUAAAACUUACAGAAGAUAGAAAUGACAAAGGAACAAGAUCAUCAUAGAAGAAUGUUGCGGUUUAUUGUUAGAAUUUGGUGAAAUGACUGGACCUCUCCUCUCUGUAGGAAACCAAUUUAUCUAACUUAAAUGCUCUGACAGGCCGUAUGAUAGAGUACCUCUUACCUAUCUAUGUUAUAGUAUAGACAGCGACAAACACAAGAAAACAAAAAAGUGUAAAAAUGAAACAGCAACGUGUAACAAAGCAAACAUUUGGAACGCAAGUGAAGAAAAUCUGUAAAAUAAACUGAACAAAGCAUAA